AUGACUUCCUCUGCUUCUCCCUGUCCCCUGGGUCGGGGCACUGCUUCGUUCCGUCCGGCGCCUGCCGCCUCCACCGCUGCCGAAUGCUGGGCACGCGCCUUAAGCGCCGCAGAGCGAGGCGGAGCGGCGGCGCCGGGGGCCGCCACGCACCACUUACGUAAGGCAGCGACAUCGCUUUCGCACUUGGCAGCGCACGCGGCCGGCGCGGCGCGGCGCGAAGAGUAUAAAACGGCUGCGGAGGAGGUUGCGGGCACCCACUGCCUUCCAGCAGCUCAGGCCAACCCUUUCUCCAACGACAUGUACAAGCUGAUAACAGAGAUCGUCACAUUUAGUUCGAAGUUAAGCAUCAAAGUAAAUUCCCCAGAAUAUUUGCUGAAUACACUUCGCAGCAAGUAA